CCACGGGCACCGCUGCCGGGCCCGGCAAGGCCGCGCAGCCGCACACCACCAGCCUGCCCGGCCCCGGACCCGCCACGCAGCGCGGAACCGCACUUUCCACACCAGACGUGGCACGUGAGAUCCAUAUGCUUUGGUAGUUUAAUUGGGUCAGUACACUGAGAAAUAAGCGGUGCUUAAAUAGGGCCCAGGAAGGGAGAUUGCUGAUAAAGUCACCCAGCUCAUUGGAACGUGUAGUGCAAGGUAUUGCACACUGUUAUAAUGAAGGUAGCAGUGGAAGGUUGCUGUCAUGGUGAAUUGGACAAAAUCUAUGAGAGCAUUCAGUUUUUGGAGAAAAAGGACAAUGUUAAGGUGGACCUCUUGUUGUGCUGUGGAGAUUUUCAAGCAGUCAGGAAUGAAGCUGACAUGAAUUGCAUGGCUGUACCCCUUAAAUACAGGCACAUGCAAACUUUCUACAAAUAUUAUUCGGGAGAAAAGAAAGCCUCUGUUCUCACCAUCUUCAUUGGAGGCAAUCAUGAAGCAUCAAAUCACCUACAGGAAUUGCCAUAUGGAGGAUGGGUGGCACCAAACAUUUACUAUCUAGGAUAUGCAGGUGUGGUGAAGUAUCGUGGUGUGCGUAUUGGAGGACUCUCUGGUAUUUUUAAAUCGCAUGACUACAGAAAAGGUCAUUUUGAAUAUCCACCAUACAAUCAGCAGACAGUGAGGAGUGCAUAUCAUGUGAGAAAUAUCGAAGUCUUCAAACUGAAACAGUUAAAACAACAUAUGGAUAUAUUCCUGUCGCAUGACUGGCCACGGGGUAUCUACCACUAUGGCAACAAAAAACAACUGCUUAAGAUGAAGGCUUUUUUCCGCCCAGAGGUGGAAGCUAACACCUUGGGGAGUCCUGCAGCUACAGAGCUUCUGCAGCACCUCAAACCUUCCUAUUGGUUUGCAGCACAUCUACAUGUGAAAUUUGCAGCUCUGAUGCAGCAUCCGAAAGGUGACGGUGAGCAGCUACCAAAAGCAACAAAAUUUUUGGCUCUGGAUAAAUGUCUCCCUCGCAGAGAUUUCCUACAGGUUGUGGAGAUAGAGCAUGACCCAAAUGCUUCUGACCAACUUGAGUAUGAUUCCGAAUGGCUGGCCAUUCUGAAAGCAACAAAUGAAUUAAUUAACGUCACACCGAAAAAUUGGAACAUGCCUGAGAAUAACAGCUUGUACACAAAAUGGGAUUACAGUGUGUCUGAAGAAGACAUUGCCGAACUGUUGGAAGAACAGGGUCAUGAUCUCCAAAUUCCCAAUAAUUUUAGUCCUACAGUCCCCGUCUAUGACCCAGCAAAUCCACAGAAAUCAAGAGAAUCUGUCCAUUUGAUCAAUCCUCAAACAACUGAGUUCUGUGCCACCUUUGGCCUCAGUGAUCUGAAUGCCAAGGUGAAACAAAUGGAAGAUGAGGGGCUCAUUGAUGAAGAGGAUGAUAUAGAUGGUGCUGAGAAUCCCGAGGAGCCCAGUGAUUAUACCACUGAUACAUCUGGACUUUCCUCCUCCAUUAAUCCAGAUGAAAUAACACUGGAGGAUGAUGUUGAUGAUAAUGGGGAACUCAGCACACAUUCCGUAGAACCUUCCCCAGACCAUCCAUUUACAGACUCAUCAACAAAUUUAUCUGAUGUGCGGGAUCUCCCCGAUUCUAUGAUCGUGUCAUCUGAUGAGACACAGGACUCCGCAAAUGAGGAACUGGACAGAUCAGGAGAUAGCAGCAUGACCGAGGGAGAAGGAAAGAGUACACUCACAAAGGCUGUGAAACGAAACAGUAAUGAGCAUGAGAACGGGAGCAGUGGAAUAAAAUUAAUUAGGAGGCGCAACCAGAAUAUAUAUCGCACGCAGCUUGAUGAAAAUGAAGAUAAUGAAUAAAAAGACAAUGUGAGAUGUUGGACAGCAAGAGCAGUGCUUUUACCCACAAUGUUUUUAACUUGACAUGUACGAGUUAGAAUAUGAUCAGUAGAGGAUUUGUUUUAAAAGCUGAAGAUGCCUAGCACAAUGUAGGAAAACAAUUUAUUUUUAACAAUAAAAAUGCAUUUAAUGCAUAAGUUGGCCCCCUAUUAGUCGAUUGACACAAUGAAAGGCCGAACAGCUAAAUAAUCUGUGCAUUGACUUUUAUACUGUGGGAAUUAAGCUCAUCAAAGUUGCCAUAUAAUGCAACAUGUCAAAACGAUCAAGUACCUUUCAAACAAAGUUUUUGCUUGGAAUUAUUUUCCGUGUGUUGCCAACUAUUUUACAUUUUUUGCCUGUUUAUUUUCUUCCAAAACAGGAGCAGUCCUGAAUUUUCAAAUCUUGUUUGAUCAAUGUAAAUAUUAGAGAUUGAAAUUAGAUUGGCUACUUUCA